UGAAAGUUUGCCCUCAAGGGUACACCUGCUGUUCCCAAGCCAUGGAGGAGAAGUACUGGCAGCAGAGCAGACAAGAUUUCAGCCAUGCUGUUGUCGAGCUGAGCAACAAUUUGCAAGGGACCUUCAGUUCGCGAUACAAAAAGUUUGACGAGUUUUUCAGAGAGCUCCUGGACAAUGCCGAGAAAUCCUUGAACGACAUGUUUGUACGGACUUACGGCCUCCUGUACACGCAGAACUCGGAGAUGUUCAAGGACCUCUUUGUGGAGCUGAAGCGAUAUUAUGCGGGCGGGAGGGUCAACCUGGAAGAGAUGCUGAAUGACUUUUGGGCCCGUCUCCUGGAGCGCAUGUUCCGCCUGGUCAACCCCCAGUAUCACUUUUCGGAUGAGUACCUGGAGUGCGUCAGCAAGUACACCGAGCAGUUGAAGCCCUUUGGAGACGUCCCACGAAAGCUGAAGCUGCAGGUGACCCGGGCUUUUGUGGCAGCCCGCACCUUUGCCCAGGGUCUGGCCGUGGCCAGGGAUGCGGUGGCCAAAGUCUCUGCGGUCAACCCUACGCCCCAGGGGGUUCGCGCCCUGACCAAGAUGAUGUACUGCCCGUUCUGCCGAGGCUUCGUGGCCAUCAAGCCCUGUUACAACUACUGCUUCAACGUCAUGCGGGGCUGCCUGGCCAACCAAGGGGAGCUGGACACCGAGUGGAACAACUUCAUAGAUUCAAUGCUAAUGUUGGCCGAGAGGUUGGAAGGUCCCUUCAACAUUGAGUCUGUCAUGGACCCCAUCGAUGUGAAGAUUUCAGAUGCCAUCAUGAAUAUGCAAGAAAACAGCUUACAGGUGUCCCAAAAGGUCUUUCAAGGGUGUGGGCAACCCAAGAUGCUGGCACAAAGCCGAACAUCCCGCUCCGCUUCAGACAGCAGCUUCAGUGCCCGCUUUAGGCCUUACAACCCGGAGGAACGUCCCACAACAGCUGCAGGAACGAGUUUGGAUCGACUGGUGACCGAUGUGAAGGAGAAACUGAAGCAGGCGAAGAAGUUCUGGUCUUCCCUUCCCAGCAACAUCUGCGGCAAUGAGAAAAUGGCUGCCGGCAACGUCCACGAAGAAGAAUGCUGGAAUGGAAAGAACAAGAGCAGGUACCUCUUCGCCGUGAUGCCGAACGGCUUGGCCAACCAGGCCAACAACCCCGAAGUGGAAGUCGACACUUCGAAGCCGGACCUGGUGAUCCGCCGGCAAAUCAUGUCCCUCCGGGUGAUGAUCAGCAAGCUGAAGAACGCCUACAACGGCAACGAUGUGGACUUCAUUGACAUCAGUGACGAAAGCAGCGGAGAAGGCAGCGGAAGCGGGUGCGAAUUGCACCAAUGUUCUCCCGAACUGGUGCUGAACACCACCGAAGUCACACAGAACGUCAACAAAAUAGAUAAAAAAAUGACUGAUUCGGCCAGCAGUUUCGGCCCAUCGGAAUCCCUUCUCCUUUUAAGCCUCGUCUUCUUCUUCCUUGUGGGUCAAAGACAAUGGAGAUAACUACGCCUGCUCCUCCUUUUAUUAUUAUUUUUUUUAAACCGUUGGAGGCGGGGAAAAGGACUUUAAAAAAAAAAAGUGCCAAGGGACCGGAUUUCACAUUUAUGCCAUCUAGAGACUUUUUUGGGGAAGGGUUCAAAAGGUUCCUUUGUAAGUUAAACGGAAAAACCAUGUACAGGUUUUUUUUUAAAGAAAAAAACUCUUGUUGCCACUGGUUUUAAAUCUUUUUUUUUCCUCUGCCCUGUUUUCAGGCUUUGGAAAGGGGUGUGUGAAAUCACAGAACUGUUUGGACCAGUUAAUCCGAUCUGCUGACUGAGAAACCACAAUAAAUGUGGUAAACCA